AUGGCUACACCAUCCAAGAACGCAGUCCAAGCGGUCAUCAACCAGUACAUCGAUAGUUUGACAGAGCCCGUUACAGAUAUACACGAAACUCCGGAACUGGUGUACAAGGAACACGUUGCCUACGACGCUAUCUGUGAAUUCCUCCAAUCCCAGGGUAUCCAAACCACACGCCACGCCUACGGCCCCAGCACCACUUUUGAAGCGAAAUUUGUCAAUGGAGAUAGUUGCUCCGUGGAUUUUAACGCCGAGUAUGAUGCAUUUCCCGGAAUUGGACAUGCGUGCGGUCACAACCUCGUUGCUAUCCAGCAUUACUGGGCCUUUAGCUCUGGUAUUUGGAGGUAA